AUGAGGAUGAGCUGCAAUGGCUGCCGGGUGCUGAGAAAGGGUUGCAGCGAGAACUGCAGCAUCCGGCCAUGUCUGCAGUGGAUCAGCAGCCCCGAGUCUCAGGGGAACGCCACCGUCUUCCUCGCCAAGUUCUACGGCCGCGCCGGACUCAUGAACCUCAUCAACGAGGGGCCUGAGAAUCUUCGCCCUGGUAUGUACGAACCACAUCAUCUUCCAUCGCCGAUCGAUCCCCUUUUUGAUCGUUCCGAUCGGCUAGGGUUUGAGAGAGGAGGGAAAUGGAUCUCGAUUUCUCACUGUGGAAUGCGUGGUCUGAUCUGAUCCAGCCAUCUUCCGAUCGCUUCUGUACGAGGCCUGCGGGAGGAUUGUGAAUCCUAUCUACGGUUCCGUGGGGCUCCUCUGGUCCGGAAGCUGGCAUCUAUGCCAGGCCGCCGUCGACGCGGUGCUCAAAGGCGCUCCGAUCUUGCAGAUCUCGUCCGACAGCGCCACCAGCGCUCCUGCUCCACCGUUCAUCAAGGCCUCCUCCUUCGACAUCCGCCAUGUCGCCAAGGACCACAACAGCCACGGCUACGACCUCCACAAGGUGAACAAGGCCACCCGCCCGCGCUUCAAGCGCUCUGCGAACCCCUCCCAGAUCCACCGGGACGGCGGCGGCGCCGUCUUCUCAGCGGCGGGGAAGCCGAAUUUCGAUCUGCCGCGCACCGGCGACUCUCAGUUCCGGCGGAUGCGGAGCGAGGAGUCGUUCGCCAGCCAAACCUCCGCGUCCGGCGACGAGGCGGAGGACCACGCCGGUGACGGCGAGAGCCGAGAGCACGACAGCGCCUUCUCCGCGCCGACCUCCAUGGUGACGAGCCACAGCCUCGAUUCCGGCAAGGCCGACGACGGCGAGGUGGAGCUAGAGCUGACGCUCGGCUUCGAGCCGGUGCACCACAGCCCCCACAACAGCAGCAGCAGCAGCAGCAGCCACAGCCCAAGGCGGAGCUCCGGCCACCGCGCCCCCGCGGCUCCGGCGAGUAGCUCUUGCCGUGUGGGCGGCGUCGAUCUGGGCCUCCAUCUUCCCCUGUGA